AUGGCGGCGGCGGCGGCGGGUGCCGGCGGCCGGGCCGCGGUGCGGGGGCGGCGGCGGCGGGGCCGGUCCGCGGCCGAGGAGCAGCAGGACGCGGUGGUGCUGUCGGCGGCCGAGUGCCCGGUGUGCCGGCAGGCGCCGGCGGAGGCGGGGACGCCGGCCUGCCGCCACUCGCUCUGCCUCUCCUGCUUCCAGCGCUGCCCGCAGGGCCCGGGCCUCUGCUGCCCGCUGUGCCGCAGCCGCCUCUCCACACGGGCCCGGCGGCAGCAGCCCGAGCCCGCAGCCACCACAGCCGCCGGAGCAGCAGCCGGGGAGCAGCGGCCGCCGGACCAAGAUUUUAUAUUCAGAGCACCCAUUAAAUUAAGCAAAACGGGAGAACUCCGAGAAGAAUAUGAAAACCAGCUAAGGAAGCUGAGAGAAGAGAAACUACAAGAUGAAAAGACGUCUGAGGAUCUGAUUCACAAGUUCAUUCCAGAUGACAUGGACAUAGGGAAAAGAAAAAUGGAGGAACAGCAGAAAAAAGAUGAGUCUGUAGUGUUGAAAGGGAACCAAGACUCUUUUCCUGAACGCCUCUCGGAUUCCGAGAAUGAAGAACCAUUCCAGGGCAAGCAAACGCAUCGGUCAGCUUUUGUUUCCAAGACCAGUGCCUACUCCUUUGCUUUCCUUUCAGGGAAUUUAACCUCCAAGGUGGAGAGGAGUCGGAGCUGCAACGACACCGUUCAGGAGAGAUCCAAGAGCAGGCAGAGAUCAGCCCCAGCCACCAAAACAAAGGUGCUGCCCGUGGCGGGGGCCGCGCCGCUGCUGGGGGUGCUGGCGGCCUCGCAGAACCACCGCUGCCUGUCCGCCCCCGAGCUGACGGCCGAGCGGCGCCUGCUGCUGGGCGCCGUGUCCUCGCUGUCCGCCCUGCACCGGCCCGAGCGCUCCAUCAGCCCCGAGAGCAACGACAGCAUCUCCGAGGAGCUCAACCACUUCAAGCCCAUCGUCUGCUCCCCGUGCACGCCCCCGAAGAGGCUCCCCGACGGCAGGGUCCUGAGCCCCCUCAUCAUCAAAUCCACCCCCAGGAACCUGAACCGCAGCCUGCAGAAGCCAACGACCUACGAGGCCAGUCCUAGAAUACUGAAAAAGUGGGAGCAGAUAUUUCAGGAGCGUCAGAUCAAAAAGACUCUGUCUAAAGCAACCCUUACGUCCUUGGCUUCAGAGUCUGGGGAAGACAUCGUGGUUCCUGACAUCACCAACUCCAGCAGUUGCACUAAGGAGCAGCCACAAGUGCAGGGUGAUCCCCUCCCACCUGACACAGCAGGACAGCCUUGCCCCGAGCUGGAUUUGCUCCCUUCUGUCAGUGAAAUGAAGCUGGGAAGAGGGACUGAGAAGAGCAGAGGUUCACAGGCCUUAACCGCCGAUGACGCUGCUGCUGAGCCAGAUGUGAGAUCAAACGUAACCUCCCUAAACACACGAGUGGCUGAAGCCCCUGACCUAAAAGUGAAUACGUUCAUGGACAAAUCCUGUCUCAGUCUAGGCCCGAAAGUGCUGGGCAGGAGACUCACGGGCAUCGGCGCAUCGCUGCCUGACAACACCACGCUCGGAGUCCCCAUCAAGGCAUCGGGGAAGAAGCAGCUGAAAUACCUGAACAACAGCGAGCUGAUCAAUGUGCAGAACAGCACCUGCAGCUCCGUGGAGAACAUCAUCGGAGAGCAGCCGCCGCUGCUGCGGCGGGGCCGCAAGAGACACUGCAAAACCAAGCACCUGGAGCACAACGGCUCCGUCAAGAGACUGAGGCACGCGGCAGCGGAGGCGGGGCUGCCCCCCGAGCCCCGCGACGUGGAGCAGAAGCUGCAGCAGGAGGAGGAGGACAGGAGGCUGGCCCUGCACCUGCAGCGGAUUUUCGACAGCGAGAACAGGACGGUGGACAGGCGGAGAGUCCGCGUGGAUCGGUAUCUGCUGCGCUCCAAGAGCACUCUGGGUGCCAAGUAGCACUGCUGGACUGUUGCCUUUCUAGAGGACCAUGAGGUUUAUCAGAUUAUCUUAGAGGAAAACUAUUUUUUGCCCUACUUCCACCCACACAAUUGUUUUUUCAUUUCGGUGGUAAGACAUUUCUAGGUCCAGUUCAGAGAGAAGCCAGUGUCCUUUCAGAUUUAAAAAAAAAAGAGAGAGAGAAUGAGAAAAAACCCCUCCGGUCCUCUCUGGUCCGUUGGUCUGAAGGAAUUGUCUGUCAUCCCUGUGAAUACACUGCAAGGCCUCCACACGCAGGUGGGCACACCUGGGAUCCCCAGCUAGGAGGGUUGUGAGCGUGGGCUUAUGAGGGCCAUCCCUUGCCAAGAGAAAUCUGGGCUCUGCUCCUGGAAAUUAUCUGAGAGUCUUCUCCUCUCUGCCUGCCCCAUUUUCUCCUCAGGCUGCAUCUGGUUGUGGGGUCAGCCUCUGUGGGGAGCAGCCCAUGCUCCGUAUUUCUCCUGGGGAGCCCUAAACAGAGUCCCCCCAUAGUACUUCCAAUGAAUGUAUCUCACUGUCUGCAGCAGCAGCACAGAUCAUUCACCACUUUCUUGAAGCAGAAAGCCAAAUGCAGUGAAAAGAAAGACCUAAAAUAAGGAUUUUACUGAAAAACCUGAUAGGGAUUUAUAAUUUCAUGUUUGUGACAGGGGAGAGAGCUCAGGCGGAGCAGCCACACGCUGAGUACUGGGACCCAGAGAGCUUUUCUCCAGUCCAUGUCUUUCCCAAACCAAGAGGGUUUCCUGUUUUCCCUGUAGUAUUGAAGAAAGGAAAAUGGUGGCCAGGGAGUUUGUGGAGGGACGUCCUCCCAGCUGCCACAUCACUUGCUCAGUUCAGAGCUCUCUCAGUACACCUAGGGCGUGUCCUUGCAUUCCAGAGCAGCAUCCCGAGGGUCCAGCCAGGCAGCUGAUGUGACAGGAGCCCGGCUGUCCCAAGGGCUGCCCUGCCCUGCUCCAGCUCCCCGGCUUUGGCUGCAAACCACUGAGAGAGCUGAGGUGAGCAGUGCACUAAAAGCUUGUGGGCACAGAGCUGGGCCUGGAGCAGAGCUGGUUUGAGCCUGGCCCUGGUGGAGCAGAGUGUGUUCUCUGCCCAGAUGUGGCAGGCCACCUCUGGGUGUUUCUAAGCCUCUUGCAUGGAUUCAUUCCAUGGGUUAUUUCCAGAAAGGCAGCUCACCGAGUGCCUUCCAGCUGCCUUGCAGAGUAUUCACAGGGACCCUCCAGCCCCACGGCACCUUUGUCUGAGGCAGGGCUUGGGACAUUACCAGUCCUGCCCCCGUGUGCCAGGGGUGUUCUUGGGAUGAGCACAGGGCAGGGGCAAACUUCCCUAUGGAUCCUGUGAAGGGAGGGCAGCAGUGCACACAGAUAGACAGAUCUGAUCUAACACAACUGCAUUGCCCAAUUUCCUCUAUCUAAAAACGGUUGAAUUUUCUCCCUCCAUCUUAAACAGUCAAAAAGAAAACAGGAACUGGUUUUCUUUUUCGCUGUAAGGACCCUGGCAGUUUCUUUUUUCCUAAUUGAACUGGAUUUAAAAAAAAAAGAAAAAGAAAAAAGAAAUCUUAUAUUUUAUUGGGUAAAAUUUAUAUAUUUUAAAUACUAUAUUUCAACAGAUCGACACUUUUGUUUUGAGAAAUCUUACAGCAAUGAUUCCAUAAUAUAUAUCUCUAUCUCUGUAUCUCCUUGCCACACGAACUGCUGGAUGGUUGAAGUUGUUCCUGGGGCUGGUGAGAGCUGGCCUGCUCUGCCUUCCCAGCACUCUGGGCCUCUCCUGCACUGCAGCCUCACCAGGUGCUGCUUGAAGCGGGCUUGAAGCUUUUGACCCAAACCAAAACCUGCUCCUCUGUCCAGCUGUGAAUUAGAAGGAAAUUAAGGACUUGGAGCCUUGACUGGACCUAGAAGAGCAGCAUAGAGAGAAGUAGUGCUGGCCUGGAUCUGCCCUUGGAGCCCAGGAGGGAAAGCCACAGCUAUAACUCGGAAUCCGUGCUGUUUUUCCCAACAUUUUGGGCUACAGCAUGCACGUCCCAGGUGCAUUUAGAUUUAGAAUUAUUUUUACAGGCCCCCCUUUCUGCAGCUCAUCCCUGGAGCCCCAAACAGGCUUCCCUAAACAGUUUCCUUUUUUCUCGUGGUGUUUGUGGGGGCUCAGCUGGGCCUGGGCUGCUCACACCACAAAAAAAUAGAUUUACACGCUGAAUGUAUCUUUACUUUCCCCUCUUAAAACAGAUUUCACAGCCCAAUGCACUAGGCCAGUGUCUUACAUACCUUCUUUUAAAAGGAUUUUAUAAAUAUUUCGGGGUUUGUGCGUUAAUUUCCUGAUCCCAAAUCCAAGCUGGGCAGAAGUGUAGGAGGCAGUGCCUGAGCUGGAGCUUGUCCCCAGCCAAAAGAGCUUCCCUCGUGCUCCAGGCUGCCCCCAAAAAAGAGAUCCCAAUUCCCAAGCAUCAUGCACAGGCCAUGGCAUCCGUGUUCAAGGAGACCUUUGGAUGUGGAAUCACAAUCAUGUCAGGGAAGGGUUGCGGCGAUGCAAAGCCAGGAUGAAUGUUUUAUUAAUUUAACACACUUGACGUUUGUGUAAGCUUGCAAAAAACAACAAAAAUUGUAAAUAAUUACACCCAAAAGAGCAGGAAUACCCAGCCUCUCCCCUGGAAAGGUCAGGAAUGGCACCAGCUUUGCCAGAAAUCAUGCCAGCUGAGAAGGAAAAUACCUCCUGCUGAACAGUGGAUGCAGCACGAGAUUAAACCCAGUAUUUAUUCACACUUCUGUGAAAGUCCUUUGUGAGCCUCAGCUGCCUUCCCUCCGGGAUGAAGGCAUUCCUUGCUGGCUGUGGGACAGCACGGGCAUGGCAGUGUCCUCCCAAAUGUGAAGCUGUCUAAUCCGGAGGGGCUGGGGCUGGUUCCGUGACAGAAGGACUGUGUCUGCCAAAGAUGCCACGACUCCCAGAAAGUUGCUUGCUGACCCUCCGGAGCUCUCUGCCCGGGAAAAGCCGUGCAGAAGGGUCCGUGCUUGGAGUCAGCGAGAUGAGAUAAAUGAAGGAAAAGUGCCAAAAGGGAUCAUGCCAGGUGAUUGUAUGACCUUGUUCUAUAUUGUCAGUAUUUCUCUUCCAAUGCUAUUGUACAUGCAGUGCACAGUAGUCAUGAAGUGUAGCUUGAACAAGCGCUUCUUUGUAUUUUCUCAGUGCAAGCAAAGGGGGAGAUCGAAGCCUUAAAGACUCUGACUGACUGUAGAAAACAAGCCUUUAGCAGUGCCCCGAGGGCCGGGCGCUCGGCAGCGCUGUCCGUCUCGCAGCUGUGCGGCGGGAGGCUGGCAGAGAGCUCGUCCCGCGCAGGGCAGCGCUCCGGGAGCCGGGCCCUCGCCCCGGGACAGGAGCUGCCGCGCUGGAGCCCCGCGGGGUGUGCAGGAUGAAGCAGCGCGGAGCCGGGGUGGCCCCGCUGCUGGCACCGCCUGUCCCCUCGUGUCUGCAGCGGCCGCGCCCGCUCCGGAGCUCGCUCCUCUCUAUGCAAACGGGAAAGCCUCGGGCUGGUCACGGGCGGGAGCUUUGCUGUGGAACUGCAGAACCAAUCUCCAUGUCGCUACACUUUCCUCCAGUAACGCUUUAAAUGGUUGUGCUUUCGUGUUCUCCGCUGGCCAGCACAGCACCGGCUGGCUGCAGACUCUCACGUCGUUCUGGCCUCCGCCGAGCCCCGCGGCUUUGCCCGAAUGUGUUACCAAGCGAUGGAAGGCACCAAAGGACCGCUGGCUUGCAUGUGUGAAAUGUGUGAGUGGAAUGACAUGCAGGCAUCUGUCAUGCUGUGGCUUCUGUUGUUCGAAACAGAAUAAAUCCUGCUUGUGAAACAAUUGUCACAAACCAGAAAUAUGCCAACAAAUGUGUACAAAUAACAGUGUUUGUUUUAACAGCAACCGGGACUUGAACUGCAGGGCAAAGGCCGAGGUUCAAACAGAAUAAAACCAGAUUCUGACAGUGAAA